AUGGAGAACGUUAACGGUGACCUCGUCGACCUCUACGUCCCGCGCAAGUGCGCUGCCACCGGCCGCAUCAUCGAGGCCAAGGACCACGCUUCGGUCCAGAUUGCCGUCGGCGACGUCGACGAGAAUGGCCGUCUGAUCCAGGGUCAGGCCACCACUUUCCCCCUCUCUGGCUACGUUCGCAAGGCUGGGGAGAGCGACGACUCGCUCAACAGGCUGGCUACCAAGGAGGGUCUCCUCCGCGGUGUCUGGUCGUACCAGAAGUAAGCGGAACAUGAUCGUCAGCAAACGAGAGUUAUCAGCUCUCAUAGAUCAGUGCCUUCUAGCUUCUUCUUAUCUUGUACCAUUCUGCGCUCGUUACCUGUCACACGCAUCGACAAUACGAGUCCAUUCUCUCUCAUCGCCCUCUUCGUAGACCGACCGUGAUGGCCCGAUCGAUCACGGCCUCACGGGAUCGCAGCGUGCGCGGGCGCGCGGGAAGCUGAGCUUGUGUCCGUCUCUGUUCUCGUAUUGGUACUCAGAAGAGAGGCCUGAGCAC